AUGGCUAAUCAAGUGAAAACAACUCUUCUCAUCAUCUCGGACACUCACGGGCUAGAGUUUCCAGCGGAGACGCGUGCUCAGGAGCCCGUUGACGUGGUCAUCCAUUGUGGCGAUCUUACAGAGAGUUCCACGAUGGCGGAAUACAAGAAUACACUCCAGCUCCUUCGAAACCUCAACGCACCUCUCAAGCUGUUCAUCGCCGGCAACCACGACCUAUCUCUUGAUCCUCCAGCCAUCUACGGAAAGAUUGAUGAGGCGGAACGGGAGAUUCUUGCAGUGAGGGAUCUCGUCAAGAGAGCAAAGGCUGAGGGAAUUGUCUUUCUCGAAGAGGGCACGCACGAAUUCGUACUUGGCAAUGGCGCGGCUCUGAAGCUCUUUGCCAGCCCUUACACGCCAGGCACCGCGGGGUGGGCGUUUGAGUAUUCCACCCACGAUUUCAACAUUGAAGAGGGAACCGAUGUCGUCGUGACACACGGCCCACCCCGUGGAAUACUGGACAUUUCCGAAGGCGGCAAAAGAAUUGGGUGCCCUCAGUUGUUUCGGGCGGUUGCGCGAUCACAGCCCAAGAUCCAUUGCUUCGGUCAUGUCCAUCGCGGAUGGGGAGCAAGGCUCGUUGCCUGGAGGCCGACCCUUUCCCCAACGCCUUCACACAUUGAGGACAUUGACAAUGCAAAAUCCUUGGUGCUAGAGCAUCUCGGCCACCGCAACGAACCCGAGGAGGUUGCGCAGGCGAGAAGAGAGAGGUUCAAGCAGUACAGGUCCCAAGGGCAUUGCCGCAUACGCCACUGCCAAGAUGAUUUAGAGCCUCCACAAGCAGGUCAGACCUUAUUUGUCAACGCGGCGACAAAAGGGAGCGAUGGGCUGAACCAGGCCCCGUGGAUCGUUGAUGUUGACUUACCGGCGGCCGCUGUACUAAUUACUACAGCCACAGCCAACAUUGUCUAA